AUGUCAGUUGGCUCAGAGCAAACACUUGUUGGGGCCGUCGAUUCCUCGAGUAAUCUCUUCCGUGCGAAGGCCUUCAUACGUGACGAUGGCCGUGUGUCUAUACGCUUGAAAGAUAAAGCCUCGGCGAUCACCAAGUAUCUGAACGAGAGCUCUCGACCUCCUCCAGGCCAUCUUCACGGCGGUGAAGAUCUCCACCAGAAGAAGCGCAAAUACAAGACGAACUUCCAAUCUAAGCUGGAAAAAUAUGCUGGCAUCCCACGACUGAACAUCGCGAUACUUAUCGUAGGCUCCAGAGGAGACGUCCAGCCAUUUAUCGCCGUCGGACAACAGCUGACGAAAGAGCCGUACAAUCACCGAGUACGGCUGUGCACGCAUCCUGUGUUCAAAGACUUUGUCGAGGAAAAUGGACUGGAAUUUUUCUCAAUCGGCGGAGACCCAGAAAGGCUUAUGGCUUAUAUGGUCAAGAACCCUGGACUCAUGCCCGGACUACAGAGUCUUCGACAAGGAGACGUUGCGUCGCAAAGAAACAUGAUUGCCGAGAUACUCGAGGGCUGCUGGAGAGGGUGCGUCGAGCCGGGAAAUGGAAUGAAAAGAACCUCGCAAGCGUCGCAGUCGUCGCAAUGCAAGAGUCGGGAAGAAGAAAUUGACAGUCUAUUCAUUGCAGAUGCCAUUAUCGCAAAUCCGCCGAGCUACGGCCAUGUACAUUGUGCGGAGAAGCUGGGGAUUCCUCUUCACAUCAUGUUCACAAUGCCUUGGUCACCUACUCAAUACUUCCCGCAUCCUCUGGCAUCUCUCGAGAGAAACGAGUCAGAUCCGGGUUUUGCAAAUUAUAUUUCAUACUCUAUGAUGGAGCUGCUGGCAUGGCAAGGACUCAGCGAUGUGAUUAACGGCUUUCGCGUGAAGACAUUACAGUUGGAUCCCGUCUCUCCGCUCUGGGGACACAUGCUGCUUUCGAGGAUGAAAGUACCUUUCACUUAUACAUGGUCGUCGACACUCAUCCCAAAACCGCCGGACUGGGGCUCACAUAUCAACGUGAGCGGUUUUUCGUUUCUAGAUCAAACCUCAUCAUACACCCCAGCCGAGGAUCUGGUAGCCUUCCUUAAUGCAGGACCUCCACCCGUUUAUAUCGGCUUCGGCUCUAUUGUCGUAGACAACCCCCAAGAGCUGACAGCUUUGAUCUUCGGCGCUGUAAAGAAAACGGGUGUCCGCGCAUUGGUCUCGAAAGGUUGGGGUGGCUUGGGAGCUGGCGAGGUUCCAGAAAAUGUCUUCCUUCUUGGGAAUGUUCCUCACGACUGGCUCUUCAAACACGUGUCGGCAGUCGUUCACCACGGCGGUGCCGGCACAACAGCUAUCGGCAUCGCUUUAGGAAGACCUACCGUUGUAGUGCCAUUCUUUGGAGAUCAACCGUUCUGGGGCGCCAUGAUCCACCGAGCCGGCGCAGGACCUGAGCCCGUGCCGUUUAAGAAGAUGACCGAGGACACGCUAGCCAACAGUAUCACGACAGCCCUUACACCAGAGGUCAAGGCAGCUGUUGAAGUCAUGGCUAAAGAAAUCGCCGGCGAGAACGGAGCAGCUAAUGCAGCUGCCUUGUUCCAUGAGUCUCUCAAUAUAGACUCGAUGCGCUGCGUCCUACGUCCGGAUCGAGUUGCUCACUGGCGGGUGAGGAAGACGUCCAUCAGACUCAGUAACUUGGCAGCUGCCACCUUGCUUGAUGCUGGAUUGAUGAAUGUCGAAAGUAAUAAGCUUAUUCGGCACCGAGAUUGGUACGUCGACGAAGGUGCGGUAGAUCCGCUACAGGGCCUGAUUGCUGUGGCCUCAACAACAGCAACUUCAGCCAUCACAAAAACGGUGCAAUACUCUCGCGGUAUUAGCAAAGCGAUACACAAGAAACCCCCAAGUGAAGAAGAUGCCGCCGAUGAGCAACCACAUUUCGAAGCGUCUAACAGUCUGUAUCGAUAUCCCAGCCAUAACCCUAUUCAGAACGCAGUCCACUACUCUCCGAAGCAACUUGACGAUAUCGCUUACCAAAUGGCGAGCAAGAACUUGCCAAAUUCGAAGUCAAAGAGGCGGCACCUCAAGACACAGUUAUGGUCCCCGGUAUUGAGAGCGACCAAUAUGCUGCAACCCAAGAACAGGGUCGUGCAAUACCACGGACGCUUACACGAUGCUUCAGUUGAGACCGGGAAUUUCGCAUACUCAAUGGCUGCCACAGGCUUGAAGAGUACUCCAUCCUUCUUCCACUUUCCCGUGAUCUUCUUCUACAACCUGGCCAACGGCUUCCACAACGCUCCAUCCUUCCUGUUCGCCGACGACACGGUCCGGCGCCGCAACAACAUCACCGGCUUCGGCUCCGGCGUCAAGGUCGCCUCCGAAGAGGUCGUCUUCGGCCUCUUCGACGGCAUCACGGGCCUCGUCACCCAGCCCUUCAACGGCGCGCGGCGCGAAGGGCCCCUCGGUCUCGCCAAGGGCAUCGGCCGGGGCCUCGCCGGCCUCGUCUUCAAGACCGGGGCGGCCGCUUUCGGCCUCCCCGGCUACACGCUGAAGGGGAUCGAGAAGCAGCUGGAGAAGCGCUACUCCCGACGCCUGAAGGCCAACCUGCUGGUGGUCAGGAUCCGGCAGGGGAUCCUGGAUUUCGAGAGGAGCACCGAGGAAGAGAGGGAGGAGAUCCGACAGCGCUGGUCGGAGCUGGAGUGUGAUGCUAUACUAGAACUGAUGCGAGUUGGAAGAUACCAUGCCGCGUCGCAACCCAAUCGCUGCGGGCUCUAG